AUGGGAGACUUCGAUUCCAAUCCAACACUACUAAUCAAUCGGAAUCCCAUCCAGCCGCCACUUCCUGAAGGAAGAAGCUAUGAGAUUUCGCCGGAGAUCAUUGGUUUGGUGAAACAAAACCAGUUCCAAGGAAAACCCCAGGAGAAUCCUUUGGAACAUAUUGAUGCUUUUGAAGAAAUCUGUGGGACCAUCAGUGCAGGAGGUGCGCCCAAGGAGUACUUAAAGUGCAAACUAUUCUCUUUCACUUUGACAGGGAAGGCUUUGCGCUGGGUUAAGUCUCUUCCAGCUCAAUCCAUAACCACAUGGAAAGAGUACAAGGUGGCAUUCCUAGGUCACUUUUUCACAAAGCAAAGAGCAAACUUGUUGAGAGAAAAGAUCUCUAGUUUCCAACAAGGGCCGGUGGAGCCUUUUCAUGAAGCAUUGGAGCGCUUCAAGGACUAUACAAGAGAGUGUCCUAAUCAUGGGCUAUCUGAUGGCAGUCUAUGGAACAUUUUCUACAGAGGAAUAAGUGGGAAGUGUCGAUUUUCUCUUGAUACAGCCAGCAAUGGAAAUUUCAUGACCAAGACAGUUACUGAAGCAAAGAUUUUGAUUGAAAUCUAG